AUGGCGCGAUCUCGCCUGUCGGCAUUCCGCCUCGAACUGGAGCACGAGCUUUUCCCGCCACCGGAACCCCAGUCGCCGGGCGUCAAGCGCAAUCUUUCCACCGUCCCGUGCAGCGAGUUGCCGCCGGUGACGUCGCCUGCGCAGUCGGAGGACGACCUGGUCUCCGUGGGCAGCCCUCCUUCCUCGCUUCCCCACAUCGCGCAGGCGGACUUAGGGAAGUCCGAGAGCCUGAAUCCCGUCGGCUGGCCGGCGCCGGGGAGAGCGGAGGAGCAGGCCUGGCAGCAGCCAAGUGUCAGCGCCUGGACCACGCCAGCCAGCGUGUGGAACGGCAUGUACUUCCAACCGCCAUCGCCACCACCUUGCUCAACGACAAUGACCACGUCCCUGACUGCGACGAUGGCGUCGCAGCCGACAGCCGCAGCACUGGUGGAGGCCGCCCUGGAUAGCUUCCAGCAGCCGUGGCAGUCCCUGUCGGGCAAGUCUUUCAUGCAACUACAGCAAGAAGAGCAGCAGCAGCAGCAGGUGAGGCAACAGUCAUUGCAAGAACGGCCACAGCAGCAGGAGCUGCUGCACAUGCUGCAGGCACCACUGCAAGAGUCCCAGGAGCAGCAUCAGGAGCUGCAACAGCAACAGCAGCAACAACAGCAACAACAACAACAACAGCUGCAGCUGGAGGAGCCGCCACAGAUUGUCACAGAUUUUCUGAUGGCGCAGGCCACACAGCAGGGCGGUGUGGUGCCGAACUGGUUGAGAUCGCAGGAUGCCGGCAGAUGCCCUUACAACCCCUUGGACAAUAUCUCUACGAACCCGCUGGGCGUGCUCUAUUCCUUCCUCAAUCACUACCUCGGACCGGUGUCGCUCGACAACGACGACCCGCUGGCACCUUGUCCCCCCCUGUGCUCGCCGUCAUACGUCACGCUGACGCCUCCGAGCCAGACACCGGUUCCCACCGCGUCUUCAACCCGAGCGCAGACGCCGUCCCAGCAGUCACCGGUGACGAUUCCCGGACCGCCACAGACGCCUGAGGAGGUCGUACAGCGACCGAUGUCGCAGGAGCAGCCAAGCCCCCUGGACAACAUCCUCAGCGGCCACGCGCUCCUAUCGGCCGAAGACCAGUGUUUCGCCUUCGUGAACGCGGCGCGGAUCGUUUGGAACAACUUGGUCCGGCACGCUGUCGUCAGGAGGAGCGCCGCGUCGCGCGCUCGUGGACGGCGAGUGCGCAUUGCGGCGCUCGUGGUGGCGCCACCGUCCACGCCAUUCUCCACCCACGUCGAAAACGGCGGGCUUCUGUCCUCCGAUGAGGCCGACAGACCCUCCACCAGCAGCGACGAAAGAAGGUCGUCGCCCGCGAACCAGGCUGACUGCGGAAAGCCCGGGUCGCCACCUACGUAA